AGAUGCUGAGCUUCAUCUGAUGAACACGAACAGACUCUGAGUCAACAGAAGAAACUCGGAUCCAGUCAGUUCUAAAGCCACUCAUGACCGCAGCCCUCUUGGGGUUGCUAUGGCAGGUGCUGUCAUCGAAACCAAGUGCUGGACACAGGCCUGUCCCACCAAAGUAGGACAGACCACGCGUCAUUGCCAAAAGAGAUCAUUAAAUAGUCAACAAACUGCACUUAGUAUUAUUGCAAGCACACAGAGAUAACGCAACAGCCUGAGACCAGAGAGUGGAUGGCCAGCUACCUGUAGAAUCCUCAUGAGUGUUGCUUGUACCUGCUCCUCCUCAGUCAGUUCAUCUCUGCAACACAACCCAACACCAUCCCCGUGGGACCAUGUUCCACCAGCAAGAACAACUAAAGGGUCAGCUGCAGGAUAGCCACAUUGCCAACAGGCAGCUUGGUUUCCACUGCCAGGAGUGUGGGAAGCAAUAUAACACUCAGCUGGGUUAUAGACGGCACCUGGUGGAAGCUCACAGUGCUGGCGCAGGCCUGCCCUGUUCCGAAGGUGCACCAUCGCUGCUGGAGCACCUGGGUGGUGGCCAUAUUGAUAGGCCUCCUCCAGCAGAGGGGAACAGUAAUGCUGUUGUGGGAGUGAGAGAGAGGAAAUAUUCCUGUGAGCGAUGUGACCGCCGUUUUUACACUCGCAAGGAUGUACGUCGCCAUGCUGUGGUGCACACUGGACGGCGUGAUUUCUUGUGCCCUCGCUGUGCUCAGCGCUUUGGCCGCAGAGACCACUUGACCCGGCACUUGAAGAAGAGCCAUGCGCAUGAUGCAGGAUUGAUACCACUGGUUACGGCCAGUACUCCCGUGGCAACAUCCACUACCACCACCCAAUGUCCAGUGAAGGAGUCCAGCCCUUUAGCCUCAGACCGAGGCUCCGCCUCCUCCAAGGAACCUGUGGAGACCUUCACCAGGGACAUGUUCAACUCCUACCCCAUUACCAAUCCUGUCCCUGGGAUGAAUCACCCACAUGGCCUCAUGCAGGUCUCUUUGUCCUCAAGCAUGGGUGUCGGUCGCCACAUGCCUCAGCCAUCUCCUCACAACCACCACCAUCACUUGCAGCCUCUGUCAGCACCACAGCAGCAGUCAUACAGCAACAUGCCCAGGUACCAACAAGGAUCUACCUCAUAUCCUCGCACUGAAGUGGACAGCUUCCUGCUGGAUUUGCAGGGUGCCCCUCCUCCCCACCUCAGUUCCGUCAACUCUUCUACCUCUACCUCACCUCAAAGGGAGAUGCUUGCUGAAGGGAUGGGUGUUGGCAGUGAUCCCCACCUCGUGCCCAGGAAUCCUGCUGUCUCCUCAGCUGAGCUUUCCUGCACCACUAACAUGGAACUUGGGCCACUGUUGGGCUUCUUGCCUUUCAGCCUGCCACCUUACAGCUCUCAUGUGGGAAUGGGAGGGUUAAUGAUGGGUUAUCCUCCUGCCACCACUGCCACCUCCUCGCCAACCUCUUCCACUGGGUUGUCCUCUCAGGCUUCAGGCCCUUUUACCUUCUUCCAACCUUCUCAGGCUCAUGUGCCUCAGGGCCCCGUCACCCACAACCAUAGCCAACUACCUCAGGCAUACAGCACUUCAGCUGUUAGCACUUCUAGCUCCUUACCACAUUACUACCAAGCCUUUCAGCAAUAAGCAGUUUUGUGUCGAACUAACCUUCACAUAUGGAUGUCUUUUUCCUGUCAAAGGUCAAAUGACAAUUGAAACUAUAGAACAUGUAUACAUGUUAUUGCAAUUGAUUUUUGUUUCUCACAACAAAUCACCUCAUCAGUAUUACCUCAUUUAAAAAAAAAAAAAAAAGUAAGCUUGAAUGCACAAAUGUUGUCUAUCUCACUACAACCAACAGAGUAAUUCUUUUAAAUCUGUAAACAACAGUUAAUGCACUUGAUCCAGUUAUCACAUGUACUAUGUGAUUACAACCUGGUUUAACGUAACAGAACAUACAGUGUAAACUCAGACAUGUCACACAAAUGUAAGUCCAACUUGAAGCACUGCGUUCUAAGAGGCCACACCAGCAUGGUAACACAAUUGCCACUGAUGCUCUUGCUUUUUUGUUACUGUUUUCAGGCAUCACUAAUUUAGAAUGCACUUAAGUUUAGUUUUUCUAAUUACAAAGUUUUUUUUUUUUUUUUUUACAUUUUUUUUUUUUUUUUAUAAAAUGGCUAAAAGGCAAGCCUGUCUUAUUGCGUUGGUGAUGUGUAACCAUUUUUAAAACUAGUCUUUAGAUUAUCUGCAGACUGAAAUGUUUGACAAUGUAAUUUUGUGACAGAUGAUCUUUUGGUUACAAUGGUUACCGCAGUAUUUGACACUACAUACCAUUUAAUAUACAUUGACCAGCCAGAACAUUAUGACCACAUACACAAUAAAUUAUCCAAUACUGCUGUAACCUGCCUUUACAAAGAUGUUCAGUUUAGAUCGAUUCUACUGCAUCACGAGAGCCGUGUCUGAACUGAACUUUAUCUUUGUAAGGGCAGAAUAUUUGAUACAGCUCUUGUAUUGAAUUUCAUGUCGUGCAAACAAUCUUUAAUAUUGUGGCUGGUAUGCUUUUAAUGGUGGUCCAUCUGUUUCUCUUCUGUAAAGCUUCUGUUGUUUUGUGCCUUUGCAUCUGUGAUCAAGGAGGCCUUCAGAGAGCAUGCAGCAACUACCGCAUUUUUGCGACCAUAAGAUGCACCGUAUUAAAAGGCGCAGUCUCAGUUACGGGGGUCUAUUUCUGUAUUUAACACAUACAUAAGGCGCACCGUAUUAUUGGGCGCAGUCUCAGUUACGGGGUCUAUUUCUGUAUUUAACACAUACAUAAGGCGCACCGUAUUAUUGGGCGCAGGCAUGGUAAAACAUACGCUAGCUUAAAACAUACGGUAGCAUGCAUGCACGCUAAAACAAUGUUUUUAAAAAGCAAAACUGAGUUCGGUUGUACUUUAUUGAAGUAUUUAACAAUGUACUCACGUUAUUUUUUUUAUCAAUCCUCAUCCACAAAUCCUCAUCUUCUGUAUCCCAAAUGAACAGCUGGGCAAGUUCGCCGUCAAACACGCCAGUUUCCCUCUCGUCAUUGUCAGAGUCAGUCUCUUUGCCGUGCGGCUCCUCAGAAAUGAUGCCGGGUUUUACGAAAGCUCGAACAACAGUGCAAGCAGACGCGUUAGCCCAAACAUCCACAAUCCAUUCACAAAUUGUGGCGUAACUCGCCCGGCGCUGCCUCCUAGUCUUAGUAACGCUGUGUUCGCCAUCUGUCAUCCAUGGCUCCCACGCCGCUCGCAACUUCACUUUGAACGCCCUGUUUACACCGAUGUCCAUCGGUUGGAGUUCCUUCGUCAAGCCUCCCGGAACGAUGGCAAGCUCCGAGUUAUUGGACUCAGUCGAAUGGUGAAUGUAGAGACGCUUCUCCCGGCUGUUCUUUGCUCAUUAAUCCAUUCCUCGAGUUUGUCUUCCAACUCGGGCCACCUCGCCUUGUUUCCGCGUUUUGUUUUUCUUUUUUUCCCCCGGAAACACAGCUUUGUCUUCUUGACUUGGCGAAGCUCGUUUUCCUGCUUCCUCCAGUUGCGAACCAUGGAUUUGUUGAUCUUGAAUUCUCUCGCGGAUGCUCCAUUCCCAAAUUCCUCCGUGUAACUAAUAGCUUGCAGUUUAAACUGUGCUUUGUAAGCGUGUCUCUUCGUAGGUGCCAUUUUCGGGGGUCCUUAGCCAAAACGAUGCACAUACCGGAACUAUAUACCUACUGGGGGCGUGUCUUUAGCCUCCUCUGUCACGCGCACCAUCCCCCUUUACGUCCGCAUGCUGUCCUCAGUCACGUCCGCCUUCCUCUAUAUAAGCAGCGUGUCGGCAGAAAAUGCUCCCAGUCAGUCAAGCGGCGCUCUCAUUAAAGUCACACAACAUGUACAUAUUUUGGAACUCUGUGCACACACAAGGCGCCCCGUCCAUUUUGGAGAAAAUUCAAGACUUUUAAGUGCGCCUCAUGGUCGUGAAAAUACGGUAUCCAGUUUUAGCAUGACUAAAUACUUUUAUCCACCAUGCCUAAGUGUCUUACAAGGAACGUACAGUUGAUCACUGUGCAAAUCAGAACACUCACCUCAGGAGCUUGACUGAUAUUUAAAAUAAUAAAAUGUGUAGUUUCUUUUUCAAGUAAUAAUAACUAAUAGAUGCCUGUGAAUAUUCUCAUUCAUCCAGGUCAUUGUAAUCACAGGGCAUUCAGUCGAUAGUUGCGGGAUUGUUAAAUUUGUCUGUGAUGGUUUGCCUCUAAUCUGAGCAGGCUUCAUCAGUUCAUGCUCAAAGACUAGCUAGGACAGUUCUAGAUAAGUCUUGAUAGACAUUGCACAGUGCCCUUCUGACAUUCCUGUUUUAAACAUAAGAAUAAUAAUUCUGAAGGCACUUGUCAGCAAAAAUUCAUUUUACCCCCCCAGCCCCUCCAAAAUUAUUACUUAUCAGUUAAAUAUUACUGAUGGUAUUUUAAUUGCAGAUGAUUGUCGCUACUUUGGAAAGUCUUAUUCCUGUUUGUUUACAGGGUGUCCAUAUCACAUACUGCAUACAUGCAUACCAGAGCUUGAUUAGCUAAAGUAACAAUCAAACAUUGGUCAACUCAGCCUAGGUUUUAAGCAAAGAUUUAAGGGUCAUGUGUGAAAAUAAAGUCAAAUACAGUAGUAAAACGUGAUUUUUGACCAACAUGUUUCUCAGCAGUGUGUGGUGUCAUGUAUGUCUCCUUUAAUGCAAUUGUAUCAAGAAAAGUGCUCCACCACCAAGGAGUUUAAUGGAAUCAGCAGGCAUUCACAGUCACCUAUAGCCAACUGCCUCAGUCAUCAUGAGGUGUAAUGGCAUGGAAAAACUUUCAUUUUUUUUUUUUUUUUUUUUUUUUUUUAAAACUCCAGACCCUUUACAUCUAUAACAAUUACCUUGGUUUUAGUUUUUGAAGCCCCUCCCCCCAUCACCAAACUAUUCGAUUUUAGAGAGAAUUGUACUUGUGGAUAUUUUGAUGUCUGGAAGUGUCCAAAUGCUGAACAGUUUUUGCCUCAUAAACUUACUAGGAUAUUUUUCUUCUAAAGUGUCGAGACUGAAAGACCCUAGUUUGAAAAUUUUUCCUAGAUUGGCUGAAUUGGGUUUAAGUACAAGCGCUGGCCUUGAGUAGAUACUGGAUCUUUGGUGUCUAUUUGCCAUUUGUAUAUAUAUAUAUUUUUUUUUAGGCAAAAUAUGGCGCAUUAACUAACUGAGGCGACCUGGGUUUUUUAAAAACAAGUUUAAUUUAGGAAUUUAGGUCUUCUGGAAGUAAGAAAAUAUGGUCAUUGCUGUUUUGACUUAGCACAGUAAAAGUAUUCUAGAAUAUGUGUAGCCUUUUCUAAAAUUAUCAAUGAAUUGUCGCCCAAUUUUCCUUUGCCAUAUUACUGGCUCGCAAGCGCUUCUAAUGAAAUUGGGACUGAAACCCACCCCCAUAUUGAAGACUUGCAAUCCAUUCCUUUUAUAAUCUAGUCACAGCCGUGAUGAAUGGAUCACAACUGGGAUUCCCAUAGUGGGAAAUCCCUUCAUGAACAUUGCUCCAAGUUCAAGCGACUGUUGUGAUCCUGGAAAGAAGGCAUGCAAAGAGAUAAUGCUAUCUCUUUUAAAUCCAUUAACUCUGCUGAUUGAGUGUUCCACUAGCAUUGUCACUAGCCGCAGUGUUGCACCAAUGUCAAAAUGCUACUGUUGUGUGUCUCUCUCAGAGUUUCUAAUCUCUUGACAGGGUUAAAGCACUUAUGACAUUUCUUAAAAAAAAAAAAUAAAAAAAAAAACAUUUUGUACCUCAAAUACACAGAAAUAAGGGUUUCUGUUUUUCUUUAUAGUUGUAGUUAUUUUGGCGCGUUUUCCAUUUAGUUUUAAACUUUUGAUGGUAGCUUUUGAGUUAACUCUUAAUAUAGUGGCAGACAUUGAUUAUUAUAAUAUAAUAAUUAAACAUUCUACCUCUACCUUGUCAUAUCUUUCUGCAAUAUCGUUAUAAAAUGUUUAAAGCUGUAACAUACAUUAUACCACUGAGAAUGAGUGUUUAAAAUUAACUUUGAAGGACAGGAUACACACUCUGAUCAGAGUUGUAUUCCAUUGAAUCAAGCAUUGUUCUGUGUACUUGCCUUUAAUUAUAUUUUUACUUAUUUACUACCUCAAAAGUGACAGGCAACUGCUCAUCUAACAGCAGAGAAAAUGUUUAGGACUUAAUAUUUUGUUUGCUGUAGCUCCAUAGUUUAAUGAGAUACCUCUUUACGUAAUAUCAAGUACAGGCUAUUUUCUGCUUGACUGAUGUUAGUGCUGCUCCACCCUGUAAAUGUAAUUGUUACAUUAAGGAAAGCAGUAGAUUCACAGUAGGCAUCUAAAUGAACAUCACUGCUACUUGUUACACAUCUUUAACUGAAUUAUCUUUAGUAUUUUUGUAUCAGACAGGACCAGAAUAUUUUCUAACAAGGCAAAAAUGAUAAAUGCAGUACUUAAUAAGAUUUGAUUUCAUUCAGUAUUUUUUAACAGAUUUAAAAGAAUUCAGCUGAAAGUGAAUCAUGCUUAUGUGUUUUGCUGUUCCGAAUAUUGACAAUGAAAGCCCUGUAAAAAACAAAUAAUAAUAAUAAUUGCCAUGCUGUCCUUGCAGGAAGAAUUAUUAUCUGUCAUGUCAAUACAAACCAUGUGCAUGUUUCUUAAUACAUCUGUGUUACACUAAUAUGCUACAAACGUGGCAAAUGAAUGUCAACCGGGCUUUGGUUCAAGGUACUUACAAAUGCGAGCAUGUCAGGUGUUAUGUCACAUCAAUAUGUAACAUUUUAAGACUGUCCACAUAGUGUAUGAUAUGUCGUUACACUGUGGGCCAUGGUAAAAAAUGUGUAAACAACUCAAUUUAUGUUUACCUUUCCGAAGUAAAAAUGCAAGCCAGAUCUCACUUUACAUCUUUUAUUGUGGAAUACACUUAACCUAUUUGUAAUACUAAUUUGAUGGCUGUGAACCAAGCUAAUUUUUUCUUAGUUGUUUGCAUUAUCACCGUAUAGCAACCAAGACCAAGAAAGCAAGGUGAAUUGUCAUUUUCUUGUUGUCUAGACAAAGCAAAGUAAAAUAAAUAUGUAGAUUUA